GAGGGUACAGUCUCCGCGGCUCGGGGGUAAGAGAGUCGGUUCUUGGUAUGAGGCGGAGUUCAGAUGCAGCGGACGUUGGGCGGUGCUGGGAAGUGAGAAUCGUUUGAUUCGUUAGACCCGCCGCCCCAUGGCUCAGGCUUCUCGCUCCGAUGGCCGUCUGCCUCCGCUUGCUACUGUGCCCCCGCUGUGGGCGCAACCCGCGGGCUCUCAGGAGAAGCAGUGGGAGGGAAGGCGGACGGGCGCCAGCCGCGGGGAGGUUCGUGGCAGACAGGGGCUACUGGUUGCCCGGAGCAUUCCCUGCCUGGAUGCACAGACUGGAGAAACUCUGGGAGGGCAGCAGUGCUGGUCGGAGUCGGCAGACGCAGGUAAGGAGCACGAGGCUGGCGCUGCGGACUGGAGGCGGGAGCCCGCAGCUGGCGGCCCGUUACCACUGGCGCUACAGCGUCUCCGGGCGGUGUUGCUGCGGUUGCACCGCGAGCGAGAGCAGCUCCUCCAGGCCCGGGAUUGCGCCCGCCACCUGCAGGCGGCGGUGCACCUCUUGAAGACCCUGAGCCCCCGCACUCCCGCCGGCGGCCCCGGCUCCUUCCCGGAGUUGUGCCGCGACUUGCAUCUGCACCCAUCUCGGGGGGCAGUUCGGAGAAUCGGCCUACGGGACACUCUCGAGCCGCUACUCCUAGCACGCCCCAUCGGACUAGCGGCCCACAGCUUGGAUGCUGCCAUCGAGAUGCAGCUUCGUUCUCUGGGUCGGGCGCCGGCUAGCCUAAGCCUGACAUCCCAACUCGCUGAACUGCUGCUGGAGCUUCCUGUCUAUCACAGGCUGCAGGGAAAAUCCAUGGGCCACCUCCCAAGGGCAGCGCGCCCUUUCUCCCCGGCCCGUGUGCUCCAUCUCCUGACUCGGGAGCGGGGUUGCCAGGUGGCAAGUCGGCUGGAUGAGGCAUUCAGAGGGUCGGACUUACGGGACCAUCUCCACAAGCGAUGCCAUGAGGAACGUGAGCUACUACCAGGACUCCUGGGCCUCAUAGGGGGUGUGUCGGAUUCAGUCAACAGUGGAUUGGGGCUUGGAGGGGCUGGAACCCUAUGGAGCCAAUAUUGGACCCUGCUGUGGGCAGCUUGUACUCAGAGUUUGGACCUAAAUCUGGGACCCUGGAGAGACCCCAGGGUAGCUGCACAACAACUGAGUCAGGCACUGGGUCAGGCAUCCCUGCCUCAGGAGUGUGAGAAGGAGCUGACUUCUUUGUGUCACAGCCUACUUCAUCAGUCUCUUAUCUGGAGCUGGGACCAAGGUUUUUGCCAAGCCUUGGGAUCAACCCUUGGGGAUCAGAGUAGCCCUGCCUCACCCUCUCAUACUACUCAACUGUUGCAGCAACUCUUUCCACCUCUCUUGGAUGCUCUCCAAGAACCGAGAUCAGGAUUGAUCCCCUGCCGGCCUCCAGGGCCUGCACCUGCUGCCCUGGGACUCUGUACCCUGCAGACCACCUUGCUCUGGUUCUUGAACAGAGCUCAGCAGAACCUGGCAGCAUGGACCCCAGGUUCCUUCCUGCUCCUGAUCCAAAAGGACUUACCUCCUCUUUUGCACGAGGCAGAAGCUCUGUCCAGCCUGGCCUCAGAGGAAGGCUUAGCCCUAGAGGUGGAGCAGCAGCUGGGCCUGGAGAUACAGAAGCUCACUACACAUAUGCAGCUCCUGCCGGAAGAGUCAUUAAGUCUCUUUUUCCAAGAAUGUCAUAAACAAGCUACACAGGGCUUCAAGCUGUACAUGCCACGUGGUCGGUACUGGAGGCUUCGUCUCUCUCCUGAACUUCCCAGUGUUCCUAGUGAGUAUGCUGGGUUGGUAGUCCGCACUGUACUGGAGCCUGUGUUGCAAGGAUUGCAGGGAUUACCACCCCAAGCCCAGGCCCCUGCCUUGGGUCAGGCGCUGACAGCCAUUCUAGGUGCCUGGCUCGACCACAUCCUCAUCCAUGGGAUCCGGUUCAGCCUGCAGGGAGCACUGCAGCUCAGACAAGACUUUGGCGUGGUCAGGGAGUUGCUUGAAGAAGAGCAGUGGGGCUCUGUCCUGGAGCUUCGACAGACUCUGUUCAUGCUCAGCAUCUUCCAGCAGCUAGAUGGAGCCCUGCUGUGUUUACUGCAGCAGCCCCUACCCAAGGCUGGAGUCCACAGGAGGCCUCCCUGUUGCUGUAUUUGUAAUGAAGUCCAGACCACAGAAUGGCCCAGCAGCACCCUCAACAGCCUGGAGAGCUUGGAGCCCCCUCUAAGGCCUGAAGCACCCCCAGCCCAGACCACUCAGUUGCUAAACACCCUGAGGGGAGGAGGACCUAGCCCUGAGGCUUACCUGGUGGGAAAUCAGCAGGCUUGGCUUGCCCUAAGGCAGAACCAGCACCCCCGUUGGCACCUGCCUUUUCUUUCCUGCCUGGGGACCAGUCCUGAAUCCUAAGGACCAG